UUACCAUCAGCACUGCCAUCAGUGAAGAAUGGAGGUGCACGGUCCUCGGAGGAAUCGCAGCUACCUGUCUGAUCUCUAUGAGAACAUGCUGCGGGCACAAGGGGCACCAGGACAAGGACAGCAGCAGCCCUCGGUGGUACGUCCAAGCAGCAGCCCACAUCUUGUGAGCCAUACCCCAGUCAAGGCGGCGACCCAGCCACAUCAGCCUCAGAGCAGCACUUCCAGCAGCUGUGAUCCAGCACUGCGGCCUAUCAUCCGCCGCCGAGCAAGGUCUUUGCCUACGACACCUGAAAGAAAGAAGCGAGUGCAGUGUCAAGCUCCUGUGUGCCAGAGCCGCAUGAACAAGGUGAGAUUUGCUGAUGCUCUGGGCUUGGAGCUGACUGAAGUGAAAGUCUUCCAGAAAGGGGAGGAUCCUUCCAUCCCCCUACACGUCCUUUCCAGGCUCUCCAUAAACUCAGACCUCUGGUACAGCAACUUGGAGUUUACUAUGCAGUGCUUAGUCCCUGAUUUCCAGCAGCCUGCAGACAGCGUGGAUUUCUCUGCUCGACUUCAGGAGCAGCAGGUGUGUCUUGAACGAGUGACCAGUUCAGAUCUGGGGGUCAGUGGCACCAUCCAAGUUUGCAAUCUUGCUUUUGAGAAACAAGUGUCUGUGCGAUAUACCUUCAACCAGUGGAAAAGCCUCCAUGAAGUGUGUGCUCAUUGGCACAGUAGUAUCCCUGAGAAAAACGGGCAGGAUCAAGUUGAUGUUUUCACUUUUUUUCUCCCUGUGCCUUCUUUCCUCCUUCAGCUGUGCUCUGUAGUCCAGUUUGCAGCAAGGUAUCAAGUCAAUGGGCAGGAGUAUUGGGAUAACAACAAAGGCAAAAACUACAGCCUCAGUUGCCGGACUCACCCCCUCAAGAUGCCUAGAGAAUGCGAGGAGAGCUGGAUUCACUUCAUCUGAAUGAAGGAAAGUGGAUGCAGAACAGCUUUGCAGUAGUCUCAGCGGCCCUCUCUUCAUGGCAUGGCUCUGUGCUCCUUAUUGAAGCCUACCAAACCUGGCAGUGUUUCACGACAGGCAGGUAGCCAGCAACCCGGAUGGACUGUUCUAAACCUCUCAAAGCAUAAAGGGCCAAAAUGUGUAGAGCUACAUCUGUUGAAAGCCUGGGUGGUUUCUUGCAGUGUAUGAAUCAAGGCAGAAUGGUUUAAAGGGAUCCUUUCAGGCUAUUUAGCAGAGAUCAAGAGAAGACACUUUAUGUUGCUAGCAAUAUUCUAGAUUGCAUAGAUUAUUUCUAACAGAUCUAUUUUACUAUUUUGUACUGCCUGUUUUUUAAAAUGGGCAGUGUAGCUUUACUGUUUUCAUUUCUAAUUUUGUUUGUAUAAUCACACCUAGUCUGGGCACUGCUCCAGUUACACACCAUUUGCAUGGCAGACACUGUAGGGAAGCACUUGCAUAUAUAAUUUUUUAAAGACUGUUACUGCGUUAAGUAUUUCCAUUAGCUUUGGAGUUGGAAAGUAAAGAAAUGUUAUUAUGAGCAAAACCUGCAUGAAAAUUUCCCACCAGCCCCUGUUUCCCUUUUUAUUAUUGUUAUUAUUAAUUUCAAGUGCCUUAUCUCCACUGUUUGCUGUAGGCAGGGGGAGUGAUUGUUACCAGGGUGUAGAAAGGUACUCUGGUGCUUUGCAGGGAAGCUCUCAUCUUGUUCACCUGAUUUACCAUUAGGCUUUUCCUCCAGGUGGUGGUGCAGGAGUUGUCCUUCUGCGGCUGCAUUUACUAAGGAAAACUAAAGAAAUUUUGCACUUGAAUUACACUUAUGCUCUUACACUCAUACUUGAAAUAGGUAAACUUGUAAAUCAAGCAGAUGUGAGAAAGGAAAGACAAUACACUGAGCUUGUUACAGAUCCUCGCAGUAGGAUUCUAGAACUCUGAAUCCUGGCUCCCUGUUUCCCAACAUCUCACUGCCAUUGCAGAAGUAAUUUUUGAAUGCUCUUAUCAGCUGCUUUUGAUUAUAAACCAGCUGAUCUCUAAGGCCGUGUCCUUCGCAGCAUGAAACAGGAACUUCAAAGCAAAACAAUGUCUUUAAUGGUAAAUUAGUAUUAAAUGGGUCCUCAGAUUAUCUUCUACAGCAGCGAAAGCAUAGCAGCACAUGUACUGCACACCUAAUGCUUACUGCUCUGCGACUUUUGUUCUGGGGAAUUAGUGUGGUUUGAGAUUGGCCACAGGCUUGUGACAGGCUUCAAUUUAGUAAGUAAAAGAUUGGCCAUUUGUUUGUUUUUUUCCUACAUACUCAACACUUGCAUGCAAAAUUUAUGGCAUAAAUUUUCCAGGCUGUCUGGGUGGAAUUGUUUGAGCUGCUUUUUGGAAGAACUGUAUGAUGAAAAUCAGGCCUUGUAUUCAGACAUCUAAUUUGAGAUUGCUGCUUAUUCAUCAAAAUCACGUGAUUUUUACAAACCACAGUUGUAAUUAAUUCAUGGUUGAUUAUGUGCAAAUGCAAAAAGUCCAACAAGUAAUUCAGGAAGGAGAAAAUUCAAAUGUUUGGCAACUUAAUAUUACUAGUUGGGCUAAAUAUCAAAGCCAGGAUUUGAAGUGAACAGGCUUCCCAGUUCUUUAGCCUUUGGCUUCAAAGGGACAACUGAUGAAUAACGGCUGUUUGAGCUGCUUAGCACCUCUUUCAAAGUACAGUGAAAACUCAGUUGUAUUGGAAAACAACAAAUUGUUUAUUUUCAUUCUAUAAUUUGGCCGUUUCUGUUAGUGACUGCUGCUUAAGUGCAAUUCUGAUUUCUUUCCUAAGUAAAUGAAACGUCCGCAGAUGAUGGAUUUCCUUUAUAUAGCUUACAUAGCUGUCCAGUGUAGCAGCAGAUAUGCAAGGUGUACUUUGAAUGGCUUGUUUUCAGCAGGAUAAUUAUAAGUUGUUGAAUUCAGCUGGGGCUCACAGGGUUUUCCUCUGAAAGCCAACUUCUAAGUAUUACUUACUCUUCCUAUAAGCCUCCCUACCUUUGGUAAUUAAUUUUGGUUUUUAACUUGUCUGUAUACUGAUGGAUUACCAGUGGUUAUCUGUGGGUAGGGAACAGUAAAAAUAAUCAUUUCUUUAUUUGCUUUUUGCAUAAAAGAACUUUCAUUUUCUACUUAACAGAAAGUGAAUGCCAGUGGUGUUUUAAUUUCGUUUUGGAGCUCAGUGAGGUCAAAAAUUCAAGCUGUAAUUGUUUUGAACAUAACACAACUGCUCCAUUGGGAUAUUUCAUAUCUGUUAAGCCUUCAUAGCCAUUAAGACAGGCAGAACACUUCUGGGAUUGGGGUGAGGCUGGAGAGUAAUUUAUAGCUUUCAGUCCACCUGCAUUAUUUUCUGUACCUGAGUUAAAGGGGGAACUGUUGAACAAUUGAGCAGCAGCUCUUUUGUCAUAAGGGAAGGGGAACUGAAACUGCUCUUCCUCAUAGGCCAAAAAAAGACAAACAGAAGAGAUGGAGCAGUGAAGAAAGGGCACUUCUUGUUGUGCCCUAUGGUGGGUUCUGUGUGGCUAAAUGACAUAUGAUGGUGUAUGACAUAACACAUCUGAAGUUGUCAACCCAGAUGUUCUCUACAGUCAGUAGCAAUGUUGCUGGAGUUUGCAGACUGCCUUUAUUGUGACAAACUGUGUCAGCUGCUGCAGGGUGAGUUCUGCUGCAAAGGAUUUCUCAGUGCUGUUGUAGAUUAAGUCAAAUGUCAGGUAGUGUGAAACACACCUUCAGUAACUGCAGCAGAACCAUUCUUGUCAUGAGCUGAACCUUAUUUUGGUGAAACUUGCUCACUUGAGUAAUUCCAUUAAUGUUUAUUGCUUGUUGUUGAACUCCAUAGAAGUAGAGUUUUACAUAUUUGUUAGCAAAGCAGAAAGAAAACACAGGCACAUGCAAACACACGUGCACAGAAGAACUUGUGCUGAAUAAAAGGCACUAUUUUGAAGGAUUACUCCUCCUCCUCCUCCCACCUCCCCAUUUACUGUAUUUCUUUCCUGAACAAAAACACUGAAUUAUCUCUCAGCACACUGUUAUCCUCCUGCUCUUCUGAGACUGUUCUUUAAUACUGUUUUACAAUGGAUGUUGCUGGUUACUUGGUUUACUGAUGUUCAGAUGCUGUUGCUGUCUUCUGGGAGAGAAUCAUUCAUGCUAGUAAAUGUCAAAAUUUCCUUGUUAUUACAAGGAACAAGAGAUUAUAGAGAUACCAUCAGUUUAAAGUCAUGUACGUCAGAGUGUACAGCUAGUAAAUGUCAAAAUUUCCUUGUUAUUACAAGGAACAAGAGAUUAUAGAGAUACCAUCAGUUUAAAGUCAUGUACGUCAGAGUGUCAGAGAGGUGAGAACUGAAUAUCUCAGCAAAUGAGUUUGGCUUGUAUUGUCUUCCUUCUGUAACCUCUCAGGGUAUUUGCACGUACAAAAUCUUGAAUAUUCAAGUGUUAUUCCAAGUUUGCCUUUUAUGUCUGCAUGUCUUGCACUGCUGUAGAAGAGCAGACAGCAGCUGGUACUAAACCAGUUGCUUGGCCUUGCUGAGUUGAGCAUGCCUACAUUAGGAAGGAACUGGCAGGGAUCUCUAGAUUCCUUCAGUAUAUGAAAAGCAUUUUUCUUUAGGGUGCUCCUGAGCUCUUAGGUAUUCACACAGGUACCAAGUCCUGUCACAUGGCAAAUUAAAUCUGUUCUUGUUUUUUCCUGUCACAUUCAGCAGUGAGCAUCAGGAUUUUAGUUGACAACAACAACAAAAGGCUUAAGCCAUUAAGUAGUGAUAACAUGCACCUAUCAUGAAGGCAGACUAAUGGCCACUUCACUACGUUCUCAGGACAACUUGACUGCCUGCACUGUGUUCAAACUGAGCACUUCCCUUCUAAUGAGGAUAUUGUAAAAGGUGAAUUCUUCACUAGAGUUAUUGUCAUAUAAUGCACUUUCAAAACUUGUAUUGAUUAUAGUCAUACAGUAAAUUAAUGUCCAGUAAUCCACAGUUUCAAGGUCCUUUUUGUAAAUGAAUAUGGAAUCCAUGUAAAUGAAAAGGUUGUUUUUCCUGAUUGUCGUGUCAAGAAAAAAGUAUAUUACAGAGGAUGCCAAUGAAGUACAUCUGCUUAACAAAAUGUCAUUUUGUUUUAGUGAGGAGCUGUAAAGUGUUCAGUUCAUUUAAGAACAACAAGGAAACUAUGACUAUUUUAAUACAAGAGGUUGCAAUAAAGCUUUUCACGGUUU